UCAUUGCCCAGGCUGGAGUGCAGGGGCUGCUUCAUAGCUCACUGUAACCUCGAACUCCUGGGCUCAAGUGGUCCUCCAGCCUCAGCCUCCCAAAGCGCUGGGAGUACAGGUGUGAGCCACCGCGCCAAGUAAAGCAAACGAUGAUGUCACAGCACUUCCCAGAAAACCCCAUCUAAAAUUGCACUCAGAGUAUAACAGUUUUUCUCCUUCCUUCCGUCCUUCUCUCUCUCUCUCUCUCUCUCUCUCUCUCUCUCUCUCUCUCUCUCUCUUUCUCUCUCUCUCUCCUUUCUCUCUUUUUCUCUUGCUCUUCUCUUUUCUCCAGCCCAGGCUGGAGUGCAAUGGCAUGAUCUUGGCUCACUGCAACCUCUGCCUCCCGGGUUCAAGCGAUUCUCCUGCCUCAGCCUCCUGAGUAGCUGGGAUUACAGGCGCCUGCCACCAUCUGUUUGAUUUUUGUGUUUUUAGUAGAGACAGGGUUUCACCAUGUUGACCAGGCUAUUCUCAAACUGCUGACCUCAGGUGAUCCGCCCUCCUCGGCCUCCUAGAGUGCUGUGAUUACAGGUGUCAGCCACUGUGGCCGGCCCAUUUAUUUAUUUCCUUAUUGGGUGUCAUGCCUACUAGAACAUAACUUAAUGAGGGCACAGAUUUUUGUUCACUACUGUAUCCUCCAGCACCUAGAUAAGGCCAGCCUGUUGUUGGUGCUCAAAUAUUUGCAAAUAAUGAACGUUAGGAAGGAGCAGGGCAUCACACAGGGCACUUCCAAACAAAUACUUAGUCCCCUUUAUUUUGCAAGCCCUUCAGCCCUCUCCUCUCAUCCUAGACAUCAGGUCAGAGAGCUCAGUCAAGUCUCUCCUGUUGGGAACCAGCCUUGGGACUCUUAAUCCCAGGGUUGUAAGUUCGAGCCCCACAUUGGGUACCAGAUGUUGAGAACCAGCCCAACCCUGUAUGUGGGUGCCCCGUAUCCUGGCAGUGAUGACGAGUGAGAAAAGAAAGACAGACACAAUAAUAGAAUUUUACAGCAUGGGUCCAGGGAUCCAAUCUGAGCUGGCAUUGAGCUCUGGGCUCCAAGUGCUUUUAUUGGGUGUAUUAUCUUCUUAAUCUUGCAGCCUAUGGGGAGGGGGUUGAGGAGGAAGAUAGCUGGACGAAGAGCAUGUGUCUACAGCAUUCAAUAGCAAACAUAGUUCUUCUAAGAAAUGCUAACAAAGGACACUGCGACUUUACCACCCAUUGUCUAAUCAGAUGCUUUGAGAGGUAUAAGAUAAGGCACCAUAAGGUCUGACCACACACAACGCAUCAAGGGGCUUUUAUCUCCCAAGCAUUGUGGACACAAAGCAAUUGGAAUUGCUCCAUAUUCUGAGAACAUAGGCAGAGCCUGUGGUGUUCCUUGAUCUCUGCCCUGUAAGGCCUUCUGGCCUUACCAGCUCCCAUCUGCAAAGACCCUCCCCGAGUCUUGUGAGCAGAGGUUGCAUUUCCUCCCCAGAGUCUUUUGCAUAGGCUCCCUUUACGAGAUCCUAUACAAACUCUAUGUUGGGAAGAGUUGUGGGACCAAAGCAGUUUUUUUUUCCUGCUCUGCAACCACACUGCAGUGUUCUGCUGUUCUAGGGCGCUCUCAGAUGCUCUGUACCAUAGGCCUCCUGUUACUGCUUAAUCUCUGCUUUUAUUUUACUGCAGCAUAGUUUGGAUAUGAUCUGUGACACAAAUCUCAGUGUAUAAAAAGCAAAGCAAGCUUGUAAUCAUUUAACUAUAAGUAACACAGGUCUGCCCCUGGCCAUCUCUUCCCACACCUCCCCAAGACCAAUGUUUCCCAGUGGUCUGUGGGUUGAGAAGUCAGCACCCGCCAAUUACACCCACACUCAGGCUAUACACCUGAGUCAUGGAGGAAAGAAUGAGGAAUCACAGAUGGUCACAGCUGGGAGCAGAGGUUCCUGAACUCUUGCUAUGUAACAGAAUAUCGGUGCAGCUUAUAGAAAUUCAGCUUCCCAGGCACACCUCGUGAUUCUACUCCAGAUACUGCAGAAUUUCUCAGUUGGCCCAGGAAUGUGCUUUUGGUUUUGUUUUUGUUUAUUUUUUAGAUGGAGUCUCGCUCUGUUGCCCAGGCUGGAAUGCAAUGGUAUGAUCUCGGCUCACUGUAACCUCUGCCUCCGCAAAUAGCUGGGAUUACAGGCAUGUGCCACCACACCCGGCUAACUUUUUUUUUUGGUAUUUUUAGUAGAGACGGGGUUGUACUAUGUUGGCCAGGGUGAUCUUAAACUCCUUUCCUCAGGUGAUCCGCCUGCCUUGGCCUCCCAAAUUGCUGGUAUUACAGGUAUGAACCAGUAUACCUGGCCGGAGUGUGCAUUUGUAACAACCACAUUUGUGAUCCUGAUUAAAGUCCACAUUUUGGGACCAGGCUUGGUGGCUCAGACCUGUAAUCCCAGCACUUUAGGAGGCUGAGGUGGGUGGAUCACCUGAUGUCGGGAAUUUGAGACCAGCCUGGCAAAGUUGGUGAAACCCUGUCUCUACUAAAAAUACAAAAAUUAGCCGGGUGUGGUUUCGUGUACCUGUAAUCUUAGCUACUCGGGAAGCUGAGGCAGAAGGAUUGCUUGAUCCCAGAAAGUGGAGGUUGCAGUGAGCCGACUGAGCCACUGCACUCCAGGCUAGGCAACAGAGGGAGACUCUGUCUCAAAAAAAAAAAGGAAACACACAUUUUGAAAGACAAUGCAGUGCAUUGUGCACAAGUUGCACAGCUAGGCAAACAGGUCCAGGUAGGGGAAUAAUACCCUGCAUAACAUUAGAGUUCCCAAAUCCUUCCCUCCGGCCCAGUACCCUUACUGCCUCGAAUACCUUCCUUAGAAUGUUAGGAACUGGGGUGGGGUGUGAUGGCUCAUGCCUGUACUCCCAGCACUUUGGGAGGCUCAGGCAGUGGAUCACUUGAGGUCAAGAGUUCGAAACCAGCCUGGUCAAUAUGGUGAAACCCCGUGUCCACUAAAAAUACAAAAACUAGCUGGGCGUGGUGGUGCACGUCUGUAGCUGCAACUACUUGGGAGGCUGAGGCAGGAGAAUCACUUGAACCUGGGAGGCAGAGGUUGGAGUGAGCUGGGAUGGCACCACUAUACUUCAGCCUGGGUAGAGCUAGACUUCAUCUCAAAAAAACACCAAGAAUGUUAGGAACUGGAAGUGGCAGUUCUUAGAGGGGUUGAGGCACAGGGAAACUCUGUUAAGCUGUGUUCCAGCCCAGAGGGGAGAUGCCCAUGCCAGGCUCCAGAGGGAUGACAUCAAUACCUUUCUUCAUUAGGUGCCACAGAGCCCACAAGGAAGAAGGGAGAAGAAGGCGAAGGCACUGCAAACUCCAAAUUCUGGUUCAUACUACUCUAUCUCUGCUUCUUCCUUGUUUUCUAUCUGUGACCUCCUUUGGGUCUCAGUGUCCCUAUCCGUUAAAAGGGAGAGGUGAAGCUCUGCCCCAGCAUCUGAGGGUUUCAGGUCUAAUCUGGACCUUUCUUCAUGACAGAACAGUCUGUCCCUCUUGUCUGAUGUUUUUUAGACCCCCAGACUCGUUUGAAUAUAUAACAACUGGCUGGGUGCAGCUUUGGGAGGUCAAGAAGGAUGGAUCACCUGAGGUCAGGUGUUCAAGACCAGCCUGGCCAACAUGGCCAAACUCGGUCUGUACUAAAAAUACAAAACUAGCCAGGCACCUGUAGUCCCAGCUACUUCGGAGGCUGAGGCAGGAGAAUUGCUUAAACCUGGGAGAUGGAGGUUGCAGUGAGCCCAGAUCACACCACUGCACAACAGCCUGGGCAAAACAACAGCAACGGAGAAAUAGGCAGAACAGGGCUUUACAACCUAGUACCGAGAUGGAAAAGCUGAAGCACAAGAAGGGACCAUGUCUGGGGCAAGGUCACACAGCAAGACCCAGCUCCUCUGACUAUCUAAUCUUAUCUGCUGCUGCUGCCGCCCAAGUUCCUUGUAUUCAGGCCAAAUUGAACAAAUUACAUGGCCCAGAAAACAUUCUGCAUUCCUUCCUGCUGCCUGGGUUUCUGUCUUUGCUCCCAACUCCUGUCCUUUGAGCCAGGGGUCCCAACCCCCAGGCCAUGGACGGGUACUGGUCUGUGGCCUAGGAACCAGGAUGCACAGCAGGAGGUGAGCAGUAGGCGCAGAAGCAUCACCACCCGAGCUCUGCCUUUUGUCAGGUCAGGAGCAGCAUUAAUUCUCAUAGGAUCGUGAACCCUAUUGAUAACUAUGCAUGUGAGGGAUCUAGGUUGCGCGCUCCUCAUGAGAAUCUAAUGCCUGAUGAUCUGAGAUGAAACAGUUUCAUCCCCAAACCAUCCCCUCUGCCCCCUGCUCCUGCCCCCUACCCCGUCCAUGGAAAAACUGUCUUCCAUGAAACCCGUCUCUGGUCACUGGUGCCAAAAAAGGUUGGGGUCUACUGCUCUAAGCCAAUUUUCCUUUCUUUAAAAAAAAAUUUUGUUUUGAGACAGUGUUUUGCUGUAUUGCCCAGGCUGCAGUGGAGUGGCAGGAUCACAGCUCACUACAACCUCGACCUCCUGGGCUCAAGCAAUACUCCUGUCUUGGCUUUGCAACAGGCGUGAGCCACCAUGAUGAGCCUAAACCCAUUCUAAACAUUCCUUCUUUGGGGAAGCCCCUUUGAUCUCUCCACUCUGAGCUCCUGGGCCCUGGCCCUUUUCUGCUCCGAGGGUAAUUACAGUCUUUCUAGGCUGUGUUAGUCAGUGGAGUCAUGAAGUUACUGGAAGACAGACACAUGUGAUUCCCCUCUCAUGGCUGGAUACCCUGCAGGGUGCCACAGCACGAGUCCUGCACAUAGAAGGUGCAGGACACGGUAGAUCAUCCCUGUAAUCCCAGCACUAUGGGAGGCUGAGGAAGGAGGAAUGCUAGAGCCAGGAGACCAGCCUGGGCAACAGAGUAAGACCCCACCUCUUAAAAAAAAUUAGCUGGUGUGAGUGCAUGAACUUGUAGCUCCAGCUACUAGGGAGGCUGAGGGAGAAAGAUCACUUAAGUCUGGGAAGUUGAGGCUGUAGUGAGCUGUAAUUGUGGCACUGCACUCCAGCCUGGGUGACAGAGCAAGAUCCUAUCUGAAAAAAAAAAGAGAAAGAAAGUAAAAAAAUAUAUAUAGAGAGAGGUAGAAAGAAAAGAGAAGAGGCCAGGUGUGGUGGCUCACACCUGUAAUCCCAGCACUUUGGGAGGCUGAGGUGAGCAGAUCACUUGAGGUCAGGAGUUCAAGACCAGCCUGGCCAACAUGGUGAAACCCCAUCUCUAUGAAAAAUACAAAAAAUUAGCCGGUUGUGGCGGUGGACACCUGUAAUUCCAGCUACCCAGGAGGCUGAGACAGGAGAAUUGCUUGAACCUAGGAGGUGGAGGCUGUAGUGAGCUGAAAUCGCACCACUGCACUCCAGCCUGGGCAACAGAGCAAGACUCCACGCGAGAGAGAGAGAGAGAGAGAGAGAGAGAGGGAGAGAGAGAGAGAGAGGGAGAGAGAGAGAGAGAGAGAGAGAGAGAGAGAGAGAGAGAGAGAGAGAGAGAGAGGAGAGAGAGAAAAGGAAAGAAAAGGAAAGGAAAGGCAUGAGGUCCAUGCUCUUGAGGCCUCACCGGCUGGCAGGGAGCAGACCGGGGUCCUGUUUGCUCCCCUUGCCUCCCUCCCCACCCUAUCCCAGCUCUCAUUCCCUGAGAAUACAGGAUGGAGGCUGAGCCAGUCCUGCCAGCUUGCAGCUGGUGGAGCCAGGGAGGACUGAAUUGACCUCAAGGACCUUACCUCUAUCUCUUGGUCCUCUCCUCCCUCCCCACCCAUGACCCCCAGCCCUGCUCCCUGUGUGUUUGAGUAGAGGGCAGGGAUUGCUAAACCUGCUGGGUGAGUCCAGUGAGUCAGAGGCGAUUCAGGUGGGCGGGCUGGUGGGCAGGAGGGCAGAGGAAGUGCCAGUACCACUGAGACCAUGGCCCUGACAGUGUGCGUGCAACGAAUAACAGGGCUGUCCGGCACCCACGACCGACAAGUGAAGCUCAGCUUUCGCGGCUUUACCCAGAAAACAAGAAAAAUUCACUGUGGUCAAGAAGCCGAUAUUGGUGAGCUGUUCCACUGGCCCCACUAUGGGGCUCCACUGGCUGGGGAGUGUCUGUCUGUGCAGGUGGUCAACUGCAGCCGUGUAUUCAGCCCCAGGCCCUUGGGGACCCUGGUGAUCUCCCUGCAGCAGCUACAGAAUGCUGGGCGUUUGAUGCUACGGGAAGCUCUAGUGGAUGAGAAUCUUCGCGUGUCCCCGAUCCACGUGGAGCUUGACCUGAAGUACCAGCCCCCAGAGGGCGCUACUGGAGCCUGGGCAGAGGAGGACUUUGGGGCACCCAUCCAGGACAGCUCGGAGUUGAUCAUCCGUAAUGUGGAAUUCCAGGAACUGGAGCCUAGGGAGGCCCAGCUGGAGCGGCGGGCAGUGGCUCUGGGUCGCAGGCUAGCUCGAAGCCUAGGCCAGCAGGAUGAUGAGGAGAAUGAGCUGGAGCCUGAGCUGGAGCAGGACCUGGAGGAUGAGCCUGACAUGGAACUUUCUGGUGUUGUGUUCAGCCCUCUCAAGAGCCGCACCAGGGACCUGGCCUGUGGGGAUCCCUUCCAGAUGUCCAGAGCUCAAGACUUCCAGGUGGGAGUCACGGUGCUGGAGGCCCAGAAACUGGCUGGAAUCAACAUUAACCCCUAUGUGACUGUGCAUGUUGGGGGACAGCGCCGUGUCACCUCCACACAGCUUGGAACCAAUUGCCCCUUUUACAAUGAGUACUUCUUGUUCGAAUUUCAUGACACCCGGCUUCGCCUCCAAGACUUGCUGCUGGAGAUCACGGCUUUCCAUUCGCAGACCCUCCCUUUUAUGGCCACCCGGAUAGGCACCUUCAGGAUUGACCUGGGCAUCAUCUUGGACCAGCCAGAUGGCCAAUUCUACCAAAGAUGGGCUCCGCUGCAUGAUCCCCAGGACACCCGCGCCGGGGCCAAGGGCUUCGUUAAGGUCACAUUGUCCGUGAGGGCGCGCGGGGACCUGCCCCCUCCAAUGCUACCCGAGGCCCCAGGGCACUGUUCGGACAUCGAGAAGAACCUGCUCUUGCCGCGCGGGGUGUCCGCCGAGAGGCCGUGGGCGCGGCUCCGCGUGCGCCUGUACCGCGCCGAGGGGCUUCCCGCGCUGCGCUCUGGGCUGCUGGGCAGCCUGGCCCGCGCCCUUCACGACCAGCGUGUCCUGGUGGAGCCCUACGUGCGGGUGUCUUUCCUGGGGCAGCAGGGCGAGACGUCGGUGCGCGCAGAGGCGGCAGCGCCCGAGUGGAACGAGCAGCUGAGCUUCGUGGAGCUCUUCCCACCGCUGACGCGCAGCCUCCGCCUGCAGCUGCGGGACGACGCGCCCCUAGUGGACGCGGCCCUCGCCACGCACGUGCUGGACCUGAGGCGGAUCUCCCACCCGGGCCGCGCGGCGGGGUUUAACCCCACCUUCGGCCCGGCCUGGGUGCCCCUCUAUGGCUCGCCCCCCGGCGCAGGGCUCCGGGAUGGUCUUCAAGGUCUCAACGAAGGCGUUGGCCGAGGCAUUUGGUUCCGAGGCCGUCUUCUGCUGGCUGCGUCCAUGCAGGUGUUGGAAGGGAGAGCUGAACCUGAGCCUCCCCAGGCCCAGCAGGGGUCCAGGUUGUUCCGGUCUACGCGAAAGAAGAAAAAGAAAGCCAGGCGAGAUCACACCCCAACGGGGGUUGCUCAGCACGUGGACGCCAGCCCCGGUGCCGGUGCCGAGGGGCCUGAGAUUCCCAGUGCCAUGGAGGUGGAGGUGGAGGAGCUGCUGCCGCUGCCAGAGAACGUCCUGGCGCCCUGUGAAGAUUUCCUGCUUUUCGGUGUACUCUUUGAGGCCACCAUGAUCGACCCCGCCGUGGCCUCCCAGCCCAUCAGCUUCGAGAUCUCCAUUGGUCGUGCGGGCCGCCUGGAGGAGCAAUUGGGCCAAGGGUCCAGAGCUGGGGAGGGAAAUGAAGGUGUGGUGGUGGAGGCUCAGCCUCUACUGGGAGCCAGGGCAGAGGAGGAGGAGCUGGGGACCCCUGCUCAGCGACCUGAACCCAUGGAGGGCAGCGGGCCAUACUUCUGCUUGCCUCUGCGUCACCACAAGCCGUGUGUGCGUGUGUGGAGUCGCUGGGAGGAUCACACUUGGCGCCUGCAAAGCAGCAACUGCGUGCACAAAGUGGCUGAGAGGCUGGACCAGGGACUGCAGGAGGUUGAGAGGCUGCAGCGCAGGCCAGGACCUCGUGCCUGUGCACAGCUCAAGCAGGUGCUGGAAGAGCUGGUGGCUGGGAGCAGACAGUUUUGUCAAGGUGCCGAGCGCAGGGUGAUGACCCGGCCCAAUGCCCUGGAUCGAUGCCGAGGGAAACUUCUGGUGCACAGCCUGAACCUUUUGGCUAAGCAAGGACAGCGACUUCUGCGGGGCUUGAGACGGGGCAAUGUGCAAAAGAAGGUGGCAUUGGCCAAAAAGCUCCUGGCAAAACUGCGCUUUCUGGCUCAGGAGCCCCAGCCACCCCUCCCUGAUGUGCUGGUCUGGAUGCUCAGCGGGAGGCGCCGUGUGGCCUGGGCCCGGAUCCCUGCCCAGGAUGUGCUGUUCUCUGUGGUCGAGGAGGAACGUGGCCAGGACUGCGGGAAGAUCCAGAGUCUAAUGCUCACGGCACCUGGGGCACCCCCUGGUGAGGUCUGUGCCAAGCUGGAGCUCUUCCUGUGGCUGGGCCUAGGCAAGCAAGCCAAGGCCUGUACCUCCGAGCUGCCCCCAGACCUGCUGCCCGAGCCCUCGGCCGGGCUGCCCUCCAGCCUGCACCGGGACGACUUUAGCUACUUCCAACUCCGGGCUCACUUGUACCAGGCCCGAGGUGUGUUGGCAGCAGAUGACAGUGGCCUCUCAGACCCCUUUGCUCGAGUCAUCAUCUCUACCCAGUGCCAGACCACACAGGUCCUGGAGCGGACGCUGAGCCCACUGUGGGAUGAACUCUUGGUAUUUGAGCAGUUGAUCGUGGACGGGAGGAGGGAGCACCUGCAGGAGGAGCCUCCAUUAGUGAUCAUCAAUGUCUUUCACCACAAUAAGUUUGGCCCCCCUGUGUUCCUGGGCAGGGCACUGGCCCCCCCAAGGGUAAAGCUGAUGGAGGACCCAUACCAACGCCCAGAGCUGCAGUUCUUCCCCCUGAGGAAGGGACCCCGGGCAGCUGGAGAGCUCAUUGCCGCCUUUGAACUCAUCGAACUGGACUACAGUGGUCGACUUGAGCCCUCUGUGCCCAGUGAUGUGGAGCCCCAGGAUCUGGCACCACUGGUCGAGCCCCUCUCUGGACGUCUGUCCCUUCCACCCAACGUGUGCCCAGUGCUCAGGGAGUUCCGUGUUGAGGUGCUGUUCUGGGGUCUUAGGGGCCUUGGUCGUGUGCAUCUGUUCGAGGUGGAGCAGCCCCAGGUUGUACUGGAGGUGGCUGGGCAACGUGUGGAGUCUGAGGUCCUGGCCAGCUACCGUGAGAGCCCCAAUUUCACUGAGCUUGUCAGGCAUCUGACCGUGGUCUUCAAAGACACAAUUCCUCUCUUCCACCCCCAGGACUUGCCAGAGCAGCCUCACUUGCAGCCCCCACUCAGCAUCCUGGUGAUUGAGCGCCGGGCCUUUGGCCGCACAGUCCUUGUGGGUUCCCACAUUGUCCCCCAUAUGCUGUGAUUCACAUUUCGGGGACAUGAGGAUUCUCCUGAGGAGGAAGGAGAGAUGGAGGAGACGGGUGAUAUGAUGCCCAAGGGACCGCAAGGACAGAAGUCCCUGGAUCCCAUCUUGGCUGAAGCGGGUCUAUCCAGACAGCUCCUAAAGCCUCCUCUGAAGAAGCUCCGCCUAGGAGGCCUCUUGAAUCAAGGCCCUGAGCUGGAAGAGGACAUCCCAGAUCCGGAAGAGCUCGACUGGUGGUCCAAGUACUAUGCAUCGCUGCAGGAGCUCAAGGGGCAGCACAACUUUGAUGAAGAUGAAAUGGAUGAUCCUAGAGAUUCAGAUGGGAUCAACCUCAUUACUAUGGUUGGGGAGGCCCACGACCAGGGUGAGGCUGAAGUUAAAGGCGCUGUGUCCCCAAAAAAAGCGAUUGCCACCCUGAAGAUCUACAACAGGUCCCUGGAGGAAGAGUUUAAUCACGUUGAAGACUGGCUGAAUGUGCUUCCUCUGUACCGAGGGCAAGGGGGCCAGGGUGGAGGUGGAGAAGAGGAAGGAUCUGGACACCUUGUGGGCAAGUUCAAGGGCUCCUUCCUCAUUUAUCCUGAAUCAGAGGCAGUGUUGUUCUCUGAGCCCCAGAUCUCCCAGGGGGUUCCACAGAACCGGCCCAUCAAGCUCCUGGUCAGAGUGUAUGUUGUAAAGGCUACCAACCUGGCUCCUGCAGACCCCAACGGCAAAGCAGACCCUUAUGUGGUAGUGAGCGCUGGCCGGGAGCGGCAGGACACCAAGGAGCGCUAUAUCCCCAAGCAGCUCAACCCCAUCUUUGGAGAGAUCCUGGAGUUAAGCAUCUCUCUCCCAGCUGAGACGGAGAUGACGGUGGCCAUAUUUGAUCAUGACCUUGUGGGUUCUGAUGACCUCAUCGGGGAGACCCACAUUGAUCUGGAAAAUAGAUUCUAUAGCCACCACAGAGCAAACUGUGGGCUGGCCUCCCUGUAUGACGUGGAUGGUUACAAUGCCUGGCGUGAUGCAUUCCGGCCUUCCCAGAUCCUGGCGGGGCUGUGCCAACGCUGCGGCCUCCCUGCCCCUGAAUACCGAGCUGGUGCCGUCAAGGUGGGCAGCAAAGUCUUUCUGACACCGCCUGAGAUCCUGCCCCCAGGCAGCAGAGGCCUCAAGGUGGCAAGUGGGGACCCUGAAGAGGCCCAGGCAUUGCUUGUACUGCAGCGCUGGCAGGAAAUGCCAGAUUUUGGGAUCCAACUGGUACCCGAGCAUGUAGAAAUACGUCCUCUCUACCAUCCCCGCAGCCCGGGGCUGCUGCAGGGAUCUCUUCACAUGUGGAUUGACAUCUUUCCUCGAGAUGUGCCUGCCCCACCCCCAGUUGACAUCAAGCCUUGGCAGCCAAUCAGCUAUGAGCUCAGAGUUGUCAUCUGGAACACGGAGGAUGUGGUGCUGGAUGACGUGAAUCCACUCACCGGAGAGAUGUCAAGUGACAUCUACGUGAAGAGCUGGGUGAAGGGGCUGGAGCAUGACAAGCAGGAGACAGACGUUCACUUCAACUCGCUGACUGGGGAGGGGAACUUCAAUUGGCGCUUUGUGUUCCGUUUUGACUACCUGCCCACUGAGCGGGAGGUGAGCGUCCGGCGCCGGCCUGGACCCUUCGCCCUGGAGGAGGCCGAGUUCCGGCAGCCAGCAGUGCUGGUCCUGCAGGUCUGGGACUAUGACUGCAUCUCCGCCAAUGACUUCCUUGGAUCCCUGGAGUUACAGCUACCAGACAUGGUGCGUGGGGCCCGGGGCCCUGAGCUCUGCUCUGUGCGGCUGGCCCAUGACAGGGCUGGGCCAAGGUGCAACCUGUUUCGCUGCCGCCGCCUGCGGGGCUGGUGGCCAGUGGUGAAGCUGCAGGAGGCAGAGGACGUGGAGCGGGAGGCACAGGAAGCUCAGGCUGGCAAGAAGCGAAAGCGGAGGAGGAAGGGCCGGUCAGAAGACCUGGAGUUCACAGACACGGGUGGCAAUGUCUACAUCCUCACGGGCAAGGUAGAGGCAGAGCUUGAGCUGCUGACCGUGGAGGAGGCCGAGAAACGGCCAGUGGGGAAGGGGUGGAAGGAGCCAGAGCCUCUGGAGAAGCCCAGCCGCCCCAAAACUUCCUUCAACUGGUUUGUGAACCCACUGAAGACCUUUGUCUUCUUCAUCUGGCGCCGGUAUUGGCGCAUCCUGGUGCUGCUGCUGCUGCUGGCGCUGGUCACCGUCUUCCUCCUCCUGGUCUUCUACACCAUCCCUGGCCAGAUCAGUGAGGUCAUCUUCCGCCUCCUCCACAAGUGAUUCUCACUGACCUAGGACACCCACCCAGGAUGCCAACGCUUCAAUCCCUGCUUCUGAAGUUUUUCUUGCCAACAUGAGCUACCUGAGUCCAGUACUUUCUCUGAAUAAACCUAGCACACAACCA